AUGGUGGAUAUCAAAAAGGAACCCUAUCGUGAUUCCAGGGAACCCCGUGCCGCCGGCGAGCAGGAUCAUGGUACCAUUAGAGAUGGUAAUCGACGUUUCUUGUUUGAUUUUCCUGAGGCAUUUAGAGGCCGAGUGGGAUAUGCGGAAGCUGUGACGAAGGUGUAUAUAUACAACUUGGCUGAUAGCGUUUCCGAGGAUGAUCUCAAGACACUGUUUUUAGAAGUUGGCCUUUUGCAAAGUUGCUCCAUCUACCGUGACAUCAAUGGCAGACCCAUGGGAUUGGGAGAAGUUGGUUUCUUUGAACACUCAGAUGCUAUGACAGCUAUGAGAAUAUACAACGAGAUAGUCCUUGAUGGGAAACCAUUGAAGAUUGAGGUUGGAGAGAGGGUACAACCACCACGACGAGCAAACCUUUUUGGUUAUUCAGGAUAUGAAGAAGAAAGUGAGCCUAGUUCUGGCAAUAGACUACAAGACCCACAAUUUAGGCCUCCUAGUCCUAGACAUGAAGUCGGGAGGAAUAAAAGAGUAUCAUAUUCCGAAGGAUCGAAGAAGAAGAGUAGAGGUGAAUGGUUUUGAGCAUGGUGUAGAGUAUCAUAUAUUCUUGGAUAGCUAAGCUAGCUAGUUUUAAGUUUAUGUUUUUGUUAAAUAAGUUUUUGGUCGUUAGAGAAAAAAUAGUUUCAGUUUUGCCACUUCUGUUUGACAAAA